AUGAAUCAAUACGAUGGAAGAAUGUAUCUAUCUAGAAUAAGACGAAGUCGAAAUAGAUUAGAACAUAUCAAUAUAAAUGGAAAUGGGAACGGCUCGAUUCGAUUACCUGAUAAUUCUACGAUGAAAUCUGAUGAAUUACGACGUUAUUGUCGAAAUUAUGUUCGUUUUCGUGAGAGUUCAUCACGUUCGCGGUCACGUAACAGUUCGAAAAUUUAUUCUCGGCGAUCUUCAAUUGAUUAUCGAAAAAAUCUAAUCCUACUAGUUUUACAAAUCAUUGCUUUAUUACAUCUAUGUUCAGUCAUUUAUUUUCAUAACAAAUCCUCAUCGUUUACUGUCAAAUAUACAAUAAUAACAAUCAUUCUUUUCAAUAUUUUAACGUAUGGCUGUGUUAAAUAUGACACACAACAAGUAGAACACGGAGGACUACUAUUAGGCGAAAGCUCACUUCUAUUUCUACUUUGGUAUGGAGGAAUCAUUGGUGGAGGACUUGCAUUACUUAUCGAAAAACAUAAACAUCUUCGAAGUCAAACAUUUACCUUUCGACUAAAACUAUUAUGUGCAUUCAAUGGUACCUGGCUUUUUAUUGCCUAUAUUUUAUACAUGUAUCGCAAUGGAUUCCUAUUCGUAGAAGCUUCUGGUGCGUUCUUUUCUCUUUUUGAAGCCCUGCAUUAG